CAACACCUAUAAACUUCAACAACGGGAGUACGGGACAACACCAACUGCGCGCCUGGUUAUAUUACCCUUCCUCACCAUUAUCAAAAUCCGGCGGCCGGUCUGUCCAUUUAAUGGCAACAUUCCGGUUGAUGACGAUUCUCCGAUGUGCCUUGUUUCUGGCACUGCUUUUCUGCUCCGGGAUUCACGUGUCGCAGCAGAGGCCACUGAACGAUCCGCACUUUCUGCAGCCCACCACCGUCACGUCAUCCACCAACCCCUCCCAUGACGUCCUCCCAAAACUAAACAACGUCCGUCAUGCCCCACCACCUUCCGGUGAUGACGUCAGCUCCGCCGCCGCAGCUUCUCUUGACGGCGACAAUCCCGGCCACAGUCCGGGCGUCGGCCACGGUGUUCAGUCUGACACCCGCGUUGGCCCACAUGCUUAAUUGGAGCAUGUUAAUUAAUUACUAUUGUGUACGUACGUGCAAAUUAAUUAUCUGUUUAGUAUCUAUUCUUUAUCAUAAUUAAUUAAUCAUCUAAGGAUUGUAUGCUUUCAUGCAUGCAUGAAAUAGAUGAAACGAAUUAAAUUUAGCUACAUAAGUCUCAUUUAAUUACGUGGUCGCGUCAGUAUUAUAUUAGGUGCACUGUUCUAUAUAUCAUUCGUAUGUUGUCUUUUUAAUUAGAUUUAUUUUAUUUUAUUUAGUUUAUUUUAUUUAGUUUAUUGAAAAGAAUUGUUGAGGGUUGGUUAUCGCCCAAGCUAAUUAAGUGUCCAAUAAAGCAGUAAUUAAUUAAGUA